AUGGCUGGCGAACCUGGGAACGACAUUGCCUUGCGAUUCUGGUCAUGGCAGCGCGAUGGAGGAGACCCUGCUCAGCGCUACCUGUGGGACUUCUGGAGAUUUUCUGGCAUCUUGGAUGGCGACGACGAGUCGAAGGAUUUGGCCCCAGAUACAGACAUGAUUCUGUUCCGAUUGAUGGAAUCCGUCGAGGCUGCCCAUCAGGCUUUCAGUAUCCCAUGCCCCAAAAACUUGCCUUUCUACCACGGGCUCGUGUAUCCGCUGAUGACUAUCAGUCUUGAAGUUUCCCACCUCAAGGGGGGUCCCGAGUGGAAACAAACUCUGGUUGAAGUGCGCUCCCGCAUCGAGGAGAUUAGUCCAUUCAGACUUGCGAGAAUGACCUUUAAGCUGCUGGAUGAUGCUUGGCUGGAAGAGUCUUCUGAUUUUGAUAUUGAGGGUGCGGCCCGUCGGAUGGGUGUCUAG